AUGGCAGUGGUGUACCCGAGCGAGGAAGACGAGAGCGUCCUGGUUGGCUUCACAGAGUUCUUCACACAGCAGGAGGGCGUGUAUGCGCUUCUUCGCGUCACCGAGCAAGAUGUGCAAACAGUGAGGAGCGCAUGCAGUUCUGUGCUAGCGCAUCUCAGCAGGACAAGCCGACUUAUUCUUGCAUCCACCCCUCUCAAUCAGGCAGACGCCGCUCAGCUUGUCAUGGGAAGCAACGGCAGAGACACAGCAUAUCAGGAGGGCAGCGUCUAUCCUCAUAUGCUACAGCACAGCGGUCCUAUGGGAUACAACAUCACCCUGUCCGAAUCGGCGGGGGCUGCACCACCGCUGCUUCACCACCCAAAGUCUUUUCUAGGGUCGCAGCGCGACGCAAUCGACUUCAUGGCGGCGGAGCUGGAAAGCGCCAAGGACACGCUGCUAUCUUUGAACGCGAGAUACGCAUACUUGUGGACCACGAAUGUGGACGAGCUGCGCCGGUACAUUGCACAAGACGAAAGACGUCGGAAGGCGCAGCAGCCAAUGUGGAAGCAUGCCCAGAUGAGGGCCGCUCCGAUUGAGGAGGAGACACAGAAGAGACCACAUAGCCCGGCGGAUGAAGUGGGACUGAGCGACGCAGCACCUCAGCAGGGUGAUGCCCAGGACAUAGCUGAGAAGGCGCCGAAGAAGGACCCUCAAGCAGAGGCGCCCUCUGAGUCAUCUGCGCAGGCGCCAACGUACCGCACGCUGCUGGCGCUGGACCCUUCGCAGCUGCCAUCGAAGCAGGUCCAGCGAAGCUUCAUGAAGUUCAUUCAGGCGUGCUUGUCUCUGCUAGAGUGGGCGGACAGUGUCUUAGGGCUGCUCUCUGGCCGGGACGAUGUACCGAAGGCUGGUACAUUCGAAGUGCCGGUGCAGCGGGAGUCGUCGCAGCGCAGAGUCGACACGGCUCGCGAGGCAAGCGAGCAGAGACCGACAAACCAGGCAGCCACAUCAGCUGGGCGCCCCGGCACCAAGACUGUGCGUGUUCUCCGCUACGAGAUACGCGACGUGAGCCACGUAUACGACAUGUUGUACCAGCAGGCGGAGUGCUUCUAUCUCCCAGAGUACGCCCUGUAUGAUGCACGCAUAAAACAACGACUCCUGGAUCCGUCCUACUACUACGCCCUGCGCAUUCUUAUCGAGGACGCAACGACUGAGAUGACCCGGCUGGAACACAUCGCUGCCUCGCGGGCGAAUUUGGUGCGCGCCGACGCUCGCCUGUCGCCCUUUGAAGCGUAUCAACGCGGCGCCUUUGCCUCCUACCCUGAGUUCUUCGGAAUGGGGAUGAGCCCAUCUUUGCCUGGUGCGCACGACAGGGUAGCCAUGGAAAGGGGCGAGCCAGCCAGGAUUGUCUUUUGGCCUGCGCUGCCUCAGUUUGCGUUUCUCCGAAACACGCUGCGGCUGCUUCUCAGCGCCUGCAUCAACGAGGACGACCGAACGAGUUUCAAGCGCUAUGAGGAGCUGUACCAGACGCUCGUGGGAAGCGCCAGGGAUGCAGUGGCUGAGCUGCAACACCUCCCAAAGCCUCCCCCUCCCCUUCUCGAGCCUGCUGCACAGAGGAUCUUUGGCACUCGGCUUGCCGGGACGGCUGGCCGCCCGCGCUAUGAGCUAGUAUUAGUUUUGGACGAGAGCAGCGCGCAGGAGGCGAGGUCGCAUGGCAAGGCAGCGUGGGUGAUAUCUGCUGAGGACCGCGGGCGAUUGCGCGCCGGAUUUGAGGCGUACUGGGGGUUGCGGGACGGCGUGCACUCCCUAAAGCUGUCUCUCGAUAAGGACAUUCGCCGCAAGGAUAAGACUCACCGCACUCGUGUGCUUGACAAGUGCGUUGCACAUGAGAGGGACGCGGUGGCGAUCAUGGCCCUCAAGCGCGAGCGGGAGCUCCAAGAGGCGGAGCUCCGCUCCCGACGUGAGAACGGUGGCUGGUUGGGGGCGGCACGAGCGUCACUGCGGUCACUGGCCGGGAUCGCCACUUGCAAGGCCGAGGUUCAAAUGGAGGAUCUCGGCAUUCCGACGGUCCCAGAGCGCGAUGAUUCUGGUGCCGCCAUGACGACCACCUCGCCCUACCACGGGGAGAAAACGUUGCUGCAGGAGAGCGUGAAUCGACUCUGGAGCGCUGUGGAGGCGCACGGUGUGCACAUGGAACGCGAGUACCCGGGCCUGUUUCACCGCAGCGAGAGGCAGCGUUGGGCGAGGCGUGUCGGCUCAUUGAUCGAGAAGGCUAACGCAGUCGGCGUGGUCUUCUCUCCUUGA